GUUCUUACUCUCUUCUUGUAGUUGCAACUUUCAGUGUGAAAAAGUAUACGCAAUGUGUUCGAUAAAAUGUCUCAGUUAGAUCUUAUGGGUAUAUUAUGUAAAAAUGAAAUUCCGAAAAUGUGAGUAUUUAAUAUUCUUAAGCACACAGCAUAAAUUUAAUAAAGUUCACAAACAUUUUCUAACAAUGGUUGCCUGUGAAGUUACAACUUGAAGUUGUUGGAAUAUCAAAGUAGCAUGUCACUUUGAAGUUGUCAGAAAUCAACAACAUAUUUAGUGUAAUCUCAUAAGUAGGGUAUGUGAAGAAUAGCGUGUACGCAAAUCUUACUCUUAUCUAAAAAGGGAGAAAGGUUAUUCCCAAAAUUGAAGAAGCCAUAGUUAAUACUAAAAGAACAUGAUAAAGCAUUCUUAAAAGAAACAAUAACAAGCUUGAUAAUUGGUGGGAUUGAAAUUAUAACCUUUGAUUUUUGUGUCUUUGACGUGAUGGAGAGGAGUUGUAUGGCUAUAAUGUGUGUUACUUUUACUUAAGGUAAGGUAAAUAUGAUGGUAGAAAAAUUCUAGUUGAGAUUUAUUAGAUAGGUUGGGAUAAGUAAGAAAUAAGAAUAACAUGUUGUUAGAAUUAUGUUUGUUUGUACUAUGUAUGUGAAGUUCAAGUGUUCAACCAUGUAGACUUGCAAAAUCAAUUGAAUUGAAGUUGUCGAAAAUCACUAAUUUCAUAUGCCCUCUGAAAUUAGCCUAGUUUUGAAAGUGACCUCAGAGCUCCUACUAUGUAUUUCAGUUAUUUACUCUACUCUGUUUUUUGUUGUUGUGAACUAAUAAGAGUUUUUGUAUAUUAUUCUACAUAUUUUUCUAAGUUGGAUUCACUCCAUGUUUCUUGUUAGCCAAAACAAUUCCCGCCAAGUAUAUACAAAACAUGAUGCCUAGGUUUUCUUUCUAUUCACUCCUUGAAAUUAGAAUCAUGUAUAGUCUCAUCUCACAUAUUAUUCCCCCAUAAAUGUUAUGUAAUAUAUUAUUCAAAUUGGUUUUAUAAUCAAUUUUCUUAAAUUUAAGAUUGCAUUUCUCUUUAGCUUUAAGAUUAUCGAUUAUUUAUCUUAUAUAUACUCUUUGUAUUUUAGAUUUAUGGAGAUUGGAUCUAGUGAGUCUCAAAGUGAAUGUAAUUUGUCAAUAAAACUUGGAAUGGAAUUCGAUUCGGAUGAGCAUGCAUAUGAUUACUAUAAUGAAUACGCUAGUGCAAUUGGUUUUAGCAUAAGGAAAGAAUAUGGCUAACAAAAACAAAGCCCAAGGGUAUGUGACUUCAAGAAAGUUUACAUGUUAUAAAGAAGGGUAUAGAAACAAAAUCAAAUGAGAUAUGGUGGUUCAAAAACAUAAGCAGGAAACCUAGAACGGGGUGCUUAGCUCAUAUUAUUAUUAAUCGUCAAUUAAAUGAAAUUUUCGCAUCACUUCAUUUGAAGAGAAACAUAAUCAUCCUCUUGUUUCUCCUUCUUUGGCUCAUUUGUUACCCUCACAAAGAAAGAUAAAAGUUGCUCAAGCAUAUGAAAUUGACUUAUUAGAUGAUUCAGGAAUACGUCCUAAAGCUUCAUUUGAUUAUGCUGCUCGUCAAGUUAGAGGAGAAUCUUUUCUAGGUUACACAAAGAGAGAUCAAAAGAAUUAUCUUCGGGAUAAAAGAAAAGAAAGCUUGAAACAUGGAGUGGCUCGUAGUUUGGUAGACUAUUUUGAGAAAAGAAUACUUGAAGAUCUUGCUUUUCGGUAGUCUUUACAAUUAGAUGAUGAUGGUUUGAUAACUAAUGAAUUCUGGGCCGAUGGAAAGAUGAUAAGAGAUUAUAAGAUUUAUGGAGAUAUUGUUUCCUUUGAUACAACAUAUAGAACAAAUAAAGAGUAUCGACCUUUGGCAUUGUUUGUUGGUUUGAAUAAUAAUAGGGAAAUGGUUAUAUUUGGUGCAGCCCUUUUAUAUGAAGAAUCAACUGAAUCAUUUGAAUGGCUUUUUAAUAUAUUCUUUAGGAUUAUGUCUGCAGAUAAACCACAAACAUUUUUUACUGAUCAAGAUCCUGCUAUAUCUUCUGUUAUCUCAUUAGUAAUGCCACAGGCGUAUCAUCGCCUUUGUGUAUGGUACUUGGAAAAGAAUGUGUUUAAACAUCUUAGUCAUAUUUUUAGAGAUAAUGCAUCGUUUCCAAAAGAUUUUAGCAAAUUGCUUUAUGAUUAUGAGUAUGAAGAGGAUUUCUUAAGUGCAUGGCAGGAAAUGCUUGACAAAUAUGAUCUUGCGGAUAACAGCUGGCUGAAAACCACAUUUGCUAUAAGAGAGAAAUGGUCCAUGACAUACGGAAGAAAUACAUUCUCAGCAGGGAAGUAUACACCCCAACGAUAUUUGACAUGUUCCAAAGUGAAUGGGAAAGGUCAUUACUGAUUUCAGUAAAUGACUCCUAUAAUGAAGGAGAGUUAUGUACCUAUAAUGUUAGCACGCUUGGAAGUGUUAAGGAGCAUGUCUUGACUGUUAAGAGAUCAAUAACUCAAGUUUCUUGCAGCUGUAAAUUGUUUGAAUUUUUGGGUAUACUAUGUAGGCAUGCUUUAAAGAUCCUGGACACAUUGAAUAUAAAGGAUAGGAUUCCCAUACAAUAUAUACUAAAGAGGUGGACAAAAGAUGUUACAAAUAUAAACGAGAUGGAUGCCAUUCUAGAAGAAAAAGACAUUUAUGCCAUACUUUUAUCCAAAUUCAAGUGAAGGGCAUGAAUUGGUUGUAAAUGGUGCGAAUGAGAUGAUUGCAAAGCUAAAAGAUAUAAAGAAGAGAAAGGAAUCACCUGAUAAGUCAGCUCCAAGCAAUACAACUCAAAAUGAGCUCAGUGAAUUUAUUGACAAUACAAAUUUUACAAAGGUGACUGGAUUAAAAAGAAAGGAACCAGCUCGUCGUUCUAAUACUCGGCCAAAGAGUUUCACGGAAAAGUCCAAGAAGAAAAGUAGGACUUCAUUGCCAAAAUCUCUUCAAUGCCAAACUGAUCAGCAGUUAGAUCACCUUCCACAUUUUCAAGUCCCUUAUACACCUUUAUUAGAUACAUCAAACGCUAUGGUAUCUCACGACAUCUCAUUUAUUUCUUGUUUAUUAUAAUAAUGUGAAACUUAUG